GCUACCUUCACUUGAGUAAAUAAUUAUAUAAAAAUCGACUGAAACAAUUUUAGAGUUAUCGGUUUUACUAAGUAAAAUAAUAAUUAUUUUAAGGAAUUAAGAAAAUGUUUGACUAAGUGUUUGAGUGCUCAGAGCUUCGGUGAUGUGGUGCUGGGUCAUGGCUUAGUUUUGAAACUGUUAGAAGUUACAAAUCGGUGUGUAAAAUGGAUAAACAUUCUGAUUUCAUGGAGCCUGUGACCCCAAAGUUACCCUUUAACUGGAGUGCAGAAGAUAGCGGAUAUCAUACGUCCUUUACACCUGGUUCCUUAGAAUACUCCGAUGUAGCGGACGAGAAUUAUUACCCGCUAACAAGAAGUACUAAGAGUAAAGCUUGGCAUUACUAUGUGGAGGAAUCGAAAAAAACUCCAGAACUUAACUUCAAAAAUGUCCAGAGCGUCAAAUCUACAGAAGGCAGCAAAGAAUUGUCACCCCCUAAACGAAGGGGUACUAAGCGUUCUCAUUCAGAUGAAACUGACAAUACAGACAUCGGUUAUCGCUCCAUCUUAACACCUACAAGUAAUAUAUCAGGUGAACUAAAUAGACUCAGAUUUAGUGACAGUAAGAAAUGUAACCGCAGUUAUAAUUCCUCCAUAGAAUAUUCCAGUUCCUUAUUUAGUCAACAUGAUCCUUGCCCUUCAGAUAGUCAUUAUUAUGCUACUAUUCCAACAACGCCAAUUAAGAAAAUAUGUAAAAAUGGGUGUAAAAUAAAUAGUCCUGAAACUCAGCAUAAACUAAGAAGAAGUCUCAGUAUGGUUAUGCAUUCAAUAACAUGUGAUAAAAAUGCAUUAGAACUUAAAGUCACAUCGGAAGAAAAGAAGCCCAACACCUUCCAUAAAUACAAUGUAAAGCCACACCAGAAAAUUGAUAUCAUAAAGAUGUUACAUCAAAAAGCUAAUGUUUUGCCACCAAUUAUGAAAAUAUUCAGUUACUUAAGCCAUGAGGAUAUUUUCAACUUCACUCUAGUGAGUCAAGACUGGCAAAAGGUUUGGGAAGAUGUCAGCGAGAAAAAGAGGCAGGAAGAAUAUUCAAAAUAUUUAAAUGAUAUUAGAGAAAGCCAAGAAAAUAUAAUGUCCACACCAAAAUUGAGAGAGCCACAAAUAACAAGGCCACUGAUGGAGAUACAAAAUGUUUGUAACAAAAACAUGGCAGCCAACACACCUGUGAGUCCUUCAAAGUCACCAAGGACUAUAAGAUUUAAAAGAUUUACAAAGGCUGCAUCACUAGAUUCCCGAAAACAAUUACCAUGUAUGAAAUGUCAGCUGCCAGCAAAAAUUAUUGAAGAAAUGUCUGGAGAGGAAUGGGCAGAGUGUACGAAUCACUUCUGUUCAUUUCAGUUCUGCUCUCUAUGCAAGUCACCGAGGCAUCCAGGUAAGAAAUGUGUGCAGUUUGAUUUGGACGGCCCGAGCCCUUCAAAAAGAAUUCACAGGAAGGACAAGUGUGUAGCAGGUUCAAAGAAAAGUAAGCAGAAAUUAAAGCGCCUCAAUUUUUAAUAUAAUUUUUCUUAGGAUAUAAUAUACCAGUGACAUCCCUUUUUAUGCAUUCCAUUUCCAAAGAAAAAUGAUGUUAAGAUCAAUGUUAAAACAUGUUGAUACUAUUAUGUAAUACAUGGGUCUGAUGUUGUGCCAUUUAUUUAAUUCUUUAUAAUUUUUGUCAUCAUAAUAUUAUUAUCUAAAAACUCCUCAUAAUAUUAAUUACAAAUAAAUCCGCUGUUGAUGUCUAGUCAAAUGCUAACAAUGUAAUAAUUCAAUGAUUCAAUGAUUCAAUAAUCAGUAAAAACUAACACCUACCCCAGCCAAACUAACUCAACAUAAGAUAUUUUUGUUGGGAACUACAAAAUAUAUUUCAUUUUAAACUUCCCACCUAUUUACAUAAGAAUGUCUUACUUGUUUUGGAAUCAGUUUAUCCAUAAAUUACAUUGUUAAGUUUUAGACUGACUUAGAUUUAUGGCACCAAGUAAAGUAUGCAUAUGUGAUAAGGUGAGAAGUUUGCAAUGAUAUGAUCACUAGAAAACACGUUAAUGUUAUAUCAACAAAUCAAUGUUUCUAAUACUCAUUUUAUCAAUUUCAAAAUUAUGAAAAGUCUAAAAUCCUAGAUGAAUGUGGUACUUUUAUAGUAUUAUCAUUAGCAAAAUAAAAUCUCAUUUCUCUAAGACGCACAAAAUUCGGAUAUCAUAAUUUACUAAUUAAUAUUAAUGUUUAUUACGUUUUUAAACAACACCAUACAACUAAUAGUUGACUGUAAAAAUUACAGGGUGAUGUUGAAUUAUUAUUAUUAGUAAUGAUGCAGACUGAGAUAUGGCCAUAUUUAAAUUAAGUAAGUUACUAUUUUAAACAUGACAUUUUUGAUUUCAUUUAAAAAUAACAAUAAAUUAAUGACAUUUUAACAUUAUCGCCAUAACAAUUUUGUCACAAUUAUAGUUAAGUACAAAUAAAGAAAUCCUGUGAUAUUACGUCUAAAAUGCCAGUUAAACCGUGUAAGGUGCCCUUUUGAUGCUGUUUCUCUGCUAAAGCUGCAACUAUGAUUUUAAUCUCAGUCACUUAAAAUUAAAAUGCUACACAAAUAUACCUACCUCUUUCUCUGUUAUAUGACAAACUAAAGAAAGAGAAGUACACCAAAAAUCUGUAAUUUGAAAAAAAAAAAUUACUGUUUGAGAUUAUAAUUUAGAUUGACGGUUUUUUCUGUAACAUACUCUCAUAAUUCAAGACGUGAGUGGAUGAAUAGGGUAAGUAACAUGAAAA